AUGACUUUACAUCAGGUUCUGCUCGCCUGCUUGCUGCUGUCAAGUGGUAGAGCACGGAGCUUCUGUGUGGGACCCACAGCAUCAAGCAGGACAGCGCGCGAUGGGCGUACAGAAGGUCAAGAGGGAUCCCGCAGACACCCCUCACCGCGGGCUUUCUUCGUCGGCGUGGGCGGCGGCAGCGGCGGCAGAUUAGCGGCCAGCAAACGAUUAUCGCAGCAGCGGCUGCGACGCUGUUCUUCGCGGAAUGCCUCUUCCUGCUUUGUCGGGCCGACCGAAACGACAUCAAGGCCGCGGACAACAGGCCGGCGGCAACAGCGGUCAACGAUGAUGUCGUCGUCGACGGGAACGGAGCCAGACGACGUCGUCGGCUUUGGAAGCACGGAAGGGGAGGGCGAAGGCGUCCACGUUACCGUAGGGCGGGGGGAAGACGCUCCCGAGGUCUUCGCGGCCGUGGGUGACGCCGACGGCGGUGCCGACGCGGGGACCGUGGGGCGGCAGCCAAUAGGGAACGCCGCCGGCGCCGCCCAGCCCGUCUUCGCCAGCGGGGGUGAGUUCGUGAGCAAGGAGCACCGGCGGGCCGGGCCGUUCAGGGCCGUGCUGCUGUACCUGGACUACGUGCGGUGGCUGUGGGACGUGACGGACAAGGCGAGAUUGGACCGGGAGCAGCCGCAAGGGGUGGUGUCCGAAAAAGUGAAGACGGUUAUUUCCGGGAUUGAGGAGCUUCGCCGGGACGCAGGGGUUAGCCUCACGGAGAGCAGCAUCAGGCCGCAGUUCGAGGCGCUCGUGUCUUCCUCAGAUGCGCUCAAGAAGGAGCUGGCGAGCGCACAGAUCAUGCCGGUCCAGUCUGCGACAGCAUCGGGCGGCUCGGCGUCGAGCCCCGCCCCCCCUAAAGGAAUCCUGUCGACUCUGACGAAGCGGGUGCGGACGGGAGUACUGAUGGCGGCGGUGGCGACGGUGUGGAUCUUCAGCGGGAACUGGUUUUUUUCCGUCGGCUUCGCGUUGCAGGCGCUGCUAGCACAGCUGGAGUACUACCGGAUGGCCAUGCAGAAGGGCGUGAAGCCGGCCCGGCGUAUCAGUGCGGUGGCUACGGUAUUGCUCUACUCCUUCGCUGUUGGCUUUCCUUACCUUCACAACUACGUCAUGGCCAACAUCGGGCUCUACAUCAUGUGUUACUUCCUCCUUGUGAGACGCACGCCCGCGACGAUCGGAGACAUUUCCACCACCUUCAUGGGUGUCUUCUACGGCGCCUACCUACCCAGCUUCUGGGUACGGCUCCGAGCUCUCGGCACGGGCUUCCCCACAGUCUCGUGGGCGGGGGUGCGGGCGUACUUUCCGUGGUACCCGGCUUGGGCUCCGGUGCCGGUGCCUGACACGAUUACCCAGGCACGUCAGGGUGCCUUGAUCACGUGGUGGACGUACAACACCAUCGUGGCCGCGGACGUGGGCGCGUACUUCGUGGGCAAGUCCCUGGGCAAGACGAAGCUGUCGGCGGUAAGCCCGGCGGCGGGCUACGCCUCCCCCAACAAGACCAUCGAGGGUCUCCUUGGUGGCCUAGCGGCUUCGUCGCUUGCUGCAACCAUCGGCGCCCGCCUGCUAAGGUGGCCGGCGUGGUGGGCAACGGGGCCCGCGUACGGCGCGAUGCUAUGCCUCGUAGGCCUUGUGGGGGAUCUCACCGCGUCGGUUUUUAAGCGGGACGCCGGGUUCAAGGAUUCGGGGAGCUUGCUGCCGGGACAUGGGGGGUACCUCGACCGCGUGGACAGCUACAUAUUCACGGCGCCCCCGGCGUACAUCUUCGUGAAGUUGAUUCUUCCUCUGGCCGCGAAGCUCGUCGCGCGCUACGUAUAAAGGAGAAGAUUGGGGGCAGCGGGCGCGGAGCUUCAUCGCCGCCAGCAGAGGAGAUUGGCGGAGCAUAGGUUACCUUCCGCCUCAGGAGCCUCCCACUCUGCCGCUGGUCCCAAUCGAUCAAGGCGAGCAGCAGCAAUCAAUCAAAGGGGGUAUGAACCACGGGGGAACACCAGACGGGAAUCCCUGUAAAUGUAGCUGGCGUCUUGGUCUGUAAGGGGUUUGUUAUGAUCGUCGCGCUCGUUGCCGCCCGGCAAUGUUAUGUGCGCGUUUUUCGAGAAAUGCUGUUUAAUUGUGGCCAGACGUACACGAAGCCACCGGGGUAAGGGCAACAUACACGUUCCACGGUGUGGGGGUGUUUGAACAUGAAUUUUGCGAGAGAGAGAGAGAGAG